UAGGAAAGCCCAUAACUAAGAAAGAUGGCCGCCGCCUUGUUGAAGUCGACGCCUGAGUUUCUCCUGGCCCGCUUCCCUUUCAUCAAUGCACUAUCACUUUUAAUGUUGCUAGCAGAGCGGGCACAGCAUGAAACCCAGCCUCCCAUGCAUCCUAACCUGAUAUACGCCAAUAUCGCAGUGUUCCUCAUAAGUGGAUUCCUGAUGUCUGGAAAAGUGAUGAAGAAAGAACUAUCAUUAGUGUGCGCAGGACAAAUGAUUUACUUCGCCUUCAACAUGUACACCAACACACACCUCCACUACUCACAGUGGCAAAGGAUACGUAUGGGCAUUCGGCAUUUAGGAUGUGCAGGGAUGUUCAUAUUGUACUCUCAUCUUCAAGACAGAAUGACAUCCGGCCAUCUACGCAGACUAGGGGAGAUAACUGUUGGAAUAACACUCAUUGGACUUACCUACAUUCUCAACAACAGUGCCGAAGACAAACGUGCCUUUCUCACCCACAUAGUCGGCGGCGACUGGAGUAGAUACUUUUAUACGCUCAUCAUCGCAUGUGCAGCCAUGAGUUUUUUCUCUGGUUAUUUCCUUCGAGAUAUGUCUAUUUCUAUGAUAAUUCUAUUGACAUUAUCCACACUGUUUGUGGACUGUGACUUCACAUUUUGGGUGGACAGACGUGGAAUGCAUUAUUGGAAUCAAAUCCGAAUUGUGCUGGACGAUAUAUUCCUUAUCUUGGGCUUUGCAAUGGUGACAAUACGAUUUGAUAAUAUUGUGAAAACGAAAAACGAUUGAUAUUAACAGAAAAUUAAUUCAUUACUCAAAUAUUGCUCUGAUUAUGAUAUAAUGUAUAUGAUUAUUAUUAUUACCACAUGUUUUUCUUGGAUUUUAAAUAGUUUAAUGGUAAAUAUUAAAGAAAACAUAAUACCAGAACUUACAUGUGAUUCAGCAAAUCCAUUUCAUUGACUUUAAUUUGAUCAAAUACAAAGUACAAAACAA